AUAUACACACUACUUACUUAAUCUUCACCAGACUAAAAUCCUACUAUGUGCUUAACUACACAUGUAGGUAGGUAACGUAACAUAAAACUGUUUAAGUGACACUUGAAAAGGAUUUCCUGGAUAAUAAAGCACAACUGUCUCCAUUCAACUAGGUACCUACCUAAGUAAUUAGUCCCGAGUCUAAUAGUAUUAGACUGAGAUUGUCUGAGACACCUACUACUUAGGUACUCAUGGUUGCGAUCGAACUUCACAAGAUGAUUCGCGUCUUGCAAGAUAUGAUCGAGGCACCCGCAGAAACAUUGAUUAGACUAAAGGGGGUUUGUUCUAGGAACUUCAUGCUGUUGCUUGUGAGUAAAACAAGUAUGACCUAUGGUUUCGACGUCAUCUCUUGUUGCACUUUCCAAGGGACUAUAUUAAAAUAUAGUCUCUUUGAAAUGUCCUAAUGCGGUCAACGUGCAACUGCCAUUGUUAAGGCUGUUUGGACUGCCAUUGCGAGAUUGGUCCUAUGAUUCCAUAGAUAUACAAUACUCUCUCUCUAUUCUACGUCCGUACUCGCACUCCAUAUAGCUGACGUUGUUCACGAAGACCAACAUACGAGGGAGUGGAACAAUAUCGUGGCUCGAAUGUCCCCUGACCUACGCAGCUACUUGGAGUACUGGCAUCACUGGUACAACAUCAUUGUCCAUCGUGGAGCAAAUGUCAUACCACGAGUGACGCCCCAAUACCCAGUAGAUUUUAUAUCCGACGACAUCAGAUCCCCGCCCUAUCCCCGAGAUAUCAGCGACACGUGGUAUUGCGCAGCACUCAUCGCACUGAUACUAGCUAUCCAGCAUGGCGCUGAUAAUGCUUGGCUAUUUGAGGCGGCCUUCCCCUAUCCGCUAUGGGCAGGACGUGUUGUUGGCAGAGCUCUUCUGACUGUAGGCGCUGCGGUUCUGAGCACUCUGAGCUUCGAGAUUAUCGGCAGCUUGCUAAGCACUAGAUUCCUUGUAGUCAUGACGAGAAUCGAGGAUUGGGUUUCGAGUCUUCUCAUCAAGCACCUGCGGUGGGGAGAGGUUGAUGAAAACGGUGAACCCCAGCGAGAUGAGAAUAAUAAUUUCAUCUGGGUCAUAGACCCAACGAACCAAAAGGAAUCCAUACGAGACGCAGUCCAGGCACUAAUAUUCUUUGCGUUCGAUUAUUUUACUACAUCAUCCCUCGAGAUGGGCAACCAGAUAACCCGAUUAUUUGUUGAACGAGUUAUUGGUCCGGUCCUAUACUUUCUUUGCUCAAUACCCGUGAACUUUGUGCCCAACCUCCUCUCGUGGUUAUUUCUUCCAACCCCAGGCUUAGACUCGAUUCGAGAUCCAAGGACGCUCUGGUAUGAAUACGGGAUACCUGUUUUGAUCCAAUUCUUGCCGUUGGUACUCCUGUGGCUUCUUGAGAUUCUAUAUAUGGCCAAGACCGAAAGAUUGGCUAUGGCAGGCUUACGUGUAAUCGAUCCUUUGAUGACCAUCAAAUGGCAUCUUUUCAGGGCGACAGAAAUGCACUUGUUGUCCUACACAGUCUAUCAGCUAGUCUGUGGUUGCAUGGUAUUACUGAAAUCGGUUCUACCCCAGGAUAGCUGGUACAUCACAUUUAUCGACGGCCCAGCGAUACCCUUUCUUAGGAAGAUCAUUCCCAACGGCAAAAUCCUUGCCGCUGCGUUACUAUUAUAUUCAACGAUAUCUAAACUAUAUUUGCAAGUUGUUUCAACUUGUCAGAAUCAGGCAACCUCAGAACUGAAAAUCUGACCAGUUCCAAUAUAUCUGUGUACCUAUAUACCAGACUGUACUAAUGAAGCUUAUCGCAUAAUGUUUAGCCAAACAUUUUGCCCCUUACUUCUAAAGGAAUACCAUCAUACACAACUCUUUCAGGGCUUGAAAUGCAUAAUUACCGGGAUACUUGAUUAUCACCUCAUACUACUUUAACGAACUUGAAAUCUUGUUCGUAGAUAAGGAUAAAUGGC